UGAUAAAAUAUAAAGGUAGGAAAGAGGGUAAUUGAAGUAGCUAUGAAGCCGACGGGAAAGUUUGUAGUAAAGUCAAAAGCAUCGAACUUCACGUUCUCCAAAUCGGAUAAUCCAAAAAAGCAAAAAUAUCUGACCCUUCACUCCGCCGAAAGGCUGAAGGAAUCAAUCGAGAUGAGCGGUCGAUCAGGUCGGUUUCCGUCGUCCUUCUCCGGCUCUAUUCGCAGAGCUUCCGGAAUCAAUUGAAUCAUCAUCGUCGUCUUCAACCUCCUUAAUCGGAAGAAUACUCUUAUAGAUUUCAUUCUCCUGCUCUUGGCUAUUAAUAUUUGUUUCCUUUUCAAACGAACUUCUUGUUGAUGGCUUUGGCGACGCAUAUGAGAAGAAAUGCAUGCAUCGUCUCCAAUUGGCUUGCGGCGUCUGGAAAAUUAAAUUUCCUAUCGGUGGGAUCUGAAAAUGCAUCUUGCGUCAUGAUCAGAAAAAUAAAUGGUUUUAGAAUACUUGGGGAUCAGCUUGAGGCUUCAAGAAUGUAUGGUACUACGUGUGCUAAGUUGUCGGAUGAAAUCCAGAAAGAGAAUUCCGACUCCAAUAUGUUGGUUGAUUCAUUUGGAAGGCUGCAUACUUACUUAAGGAUGUCAUUGACAGAACGGUGCAACUUGCGAUGUCAGUACUGUAUGCCUGCGGAAGGUGUAGACCUAACUUCCACCCCAAAGCUUCUUGCUCGGAAUGAAAUUAUUCGAUUGGCUAAUCUUUUUGUAAGCUCUGGUGUGAAUAAAAUUCGUUUGACUGGUGGGGAGCCUACCAUUAGGAAAGAUAUUGAGGAUAUAUGUUUAGAGCUGUCUAAUUUAAAAGGUUUGAAGACAUUGGCUAUGACCACGAAUGGGAUUGUGCUUGCAAGAAGACUCCCGAAGUUGAAAGAAUGUGGGCUGACGGCUAUUAAUAUUAGUUUGGAUACGUUGGUUCCAGCAAAGUUUGAAUUCAUGACCCGGCGCAAGGGGCAUGAAAAGGUUAUGGAAUCUAUCGAUGCUGCAAUAGACCUUGGUUACAAUCCUGUUAAAGUGAACUGUGUUAUAAUGCGCGGGUUCAAUGAUGAUGAGAUUUGCAAUUUUGUUGAGUUGACACGUGAGAAACCAAUUAAUAUUCGAUUCAUUGAGUUUAUGCCCUUUGAUGGAAAUGUUUGGAAUGUUAAGAAACUGGUACCCUACUCAGAAAUUUUGCAAACAGUGGCUAAAAACUUCACGAGCCUUACACGACUUGGAGAUCAUCCUACAGAGACAGCAAAGAAUUUCAGGAUAGAAGGGCACCAGGGUACAGUUUCUUUUAUCACGUCAAUGACAGAGCAUUUUUGUGCUGGUUGCAACAGAUUGCGACUUUUAGCAGAUGGAAACUUCAAAGUCUGCUUAUUUGGUCCCUCAGAGGUUAGCUUGAGAGACCCACUUCGUCGCGGUGCUGAUGAUAACGAGCUAAGGGAAAUAAUUGGUGCAGCGGUAAGAAGAAAGAAAGCUUCACAUGCUGGAAUGUUCGACAUUGCAAAGACUGCAAACAGACCUAUGAUACACAUUGGUGGCUAGUCUAAGCUUGGUUUCAUUUCUGUCCAACUAGCUUGACUGGAGUACAAACCUGUUGGUAUAUAUGGAAACUGUAGAAACCAGUCAAAACUGUAAUGAUAAUAUGAAGAAGCCUGGUAAGUGAAAUUCCAUCAAAAAGCCGCCAUACACUGUUCAUAUAAUUACUGUAAAAUAUAUGUGUCUGGCUGUUUCUUGUGCAACUUUGGUACCAUAUUGCCAUUUGUAACUUAAAUGCUAAUAUAGAGUGGUUAGUGUUGUUCAUUUUGCACCAUAACUUUGGUGCUAUUAAGCAAAAUGUAGUUUCAAAUUCAGUAGAGAAUGUUGUGGUCUGAUCUUCAUUACCAUCACAUGAAACAAGCGGAGCAGAUUAAUGGAGUUCUUUAUCCGAAGGGAGAAAUUGCCAUGUGGCCAAUCAUGUAGUAAACUUUUCUUUAAAAAAGAAACUAUGGUCCCCCCUCUUUUUAUGAUUGAGGGGACACAUGGAGAUGUGUGCAUGUAAGUAUUACUCUUUCUUGGA